AUGCCUAUCCACAACUCAAGACUAUGCUGCUUCUGCCGUAAGCUCGAGCCGGCAGACCAACCUUGUCCUUCGCUCCAGAAUCAACCAGUCCAGGCCUUUCCCAGCGGUAUAAAUAAUACCACGAAGCCAUGGACAAGAAAGGAUGAGGACUUGCUCGAACAGCUCCGCCAGCACCCAAGCGAGCUCUGUCAACGAUGUGCUGAAUUCGACAUCAUUCGCGCCUUCAACGCAGCGGAUCCUUUGGAUGAAAGCCAGAGAGGCGAGCUAGAAAAGGCUCAGUAUAUUGAACACGCUGAGAGACAGGAACCAUACAGACUGCGCUUCGGUCUGUUGUCACAGUUUCACAUGAAGCCUUCUUGUCCGCUAUGCCGGUUGCUUUAUCGACUCAUUCCUAGGCCGCCACCAGAGCACGACACUGCUGUUCUGACGCUUAUUCCUUAUCGAUGGCAUAUUCGACAGGAUCAUUGGGAAGGCGUUCCAGAAGAUGACAAGCCAAUGUUCGCGAUUUGGUUCGGACUUUCAACGCCGGGUCUUGAUAUGUCGGGACCGAGUUUCUUCAACGCGGGUCAGCAGCUGAGAGCUGCCAUGAUGACUGGCGAAGCCAUUGCUUUGCACCCGAGCUCGUCUUCAGAGGAAUUAUACAAUGCUAGGGUUAUAGACGGGAUGGUAGAUGUUAGUCUCAUCAAGAAAGGUCUCGAGCAUUGUCAGAACUAUCAUUCAGAGAGUUGCAAUGCCAAAUUCGACAAAGGCUUACUCAUUACGAAGAUGCUUGAUGUUGAUACCCGGAAAGUCGUUGAUUGCCCUGAUAACUGCGACUAUCUAGCUCUCAGUUAUGUCUGGGGCGGUAUUCAUCCAGCUGAUGGGGCUUUGGAGGCUGGGACACUUCCCCAGACGAUCGAGGAUGCUAUCACCCUGACCAAGAAGCUUGGAAAGCGUUACCUAUGGGUGGAUGCUCUCUGUAUCGAUCAAAGUCCCAACCCAACGCCCGAACAAGCAGCCAGCAAAGCCAAGCAGCUUCAACUCAUGCACUUGAUCUACUACUGCGCCACAAUAACGAUCUUUGCUGUGGCAGGUCCGCGCUCCGACUACGGAAUUCCUGGAAUCUCAAAGCCACGCGUGGGGUCUACACGAGAGCGCAUCAACGGAAAGGAUCUAGUAGUCGUCCCUCCACAGAUCAUGUCAGAGAUCAAGUCCUCCGUUUGGCAAACUAGAGCAUGGACGUGGCAAGAAGAUGUUCUAUCUACGAGAAAGUUGUACUUGACGGAGACUCAGUGGAUAUUGCAGUGUAAUGAGACGUUGGGGCCGAGUGAUUAUGCAGAGGCGCAUGACACAGCUGUGGAUCUUACUUGGACCAAAGUUUCUGGUGGGAAGAUGAAAGCCGGUUACGUCGAGGUAAUUGGGACAAGUAAUGUUCAGAAUUUUGAAGCUAAUACUUACAAUCAGACCACAAACACUGAGUUCCUCGAUCGAACUUCGUCCAUGUUCAUAUCGGCAGUGACAACAUACACGUCACGGUCUCUCACUAACGACGGUGACUCUCUGAAUGCCUUCCAAGGUGGCCUCGCACGCUUCGGCAAACCUGUCUACCCUCAAGGUUUCGAAUGGGGCAUGCCACUGAAAGAGUUUGCUCAAAGUCUAGCCUGGAUCCACGAUCAUACAGUCAAGCCUACAAGACGCUCAGCAUUUCCAAGUUGGAGCUGGGCCGGUUGGGGCGGAACCGUGCAGUAUCCCACAGAUCUUACUGAAACAGCUACCGAGAACGGUGAUCUCAUUCCGCGGAUGGUCAGCAUUGACGACAAGGUGGUUACACUUGAGGGAUGGACUGUAACACUUGACAUUCGGACUGAACCGUUCAGUGAGGUGGUCAUACCCGGGACUGAUCAGGCGAUUGGAUGUGUUACGGAGAGGAAUUUUAAGCACAACAUGACUCUACCAACGGGGAAGUAUCGGUGUUUCGUUGCCGCGAGACUGAAGAAGGAUGUUUUGAGGAAUGGCUUGGUUAAUCAGUUGAUCUUCCUGGUAGUUUUGAGAGGCGAUAGGGAUGUUGAGAUUGAAGAGAGGCAGACAGCUAUCACUGUGAGCAGGCUUGCUAUUGAGGGAAAGGACUUUAUGGAGUUUGGUCCAAAGAAGACAGUCAUCAAGAUGAAGUAG